AUGCAGUUCCCUUUCAACCAAACCGGAGACCUUUUGACACCAAACAUCAAAGAUGUUUGUGUCACUAGAGUCAAUUCCAUCCUAGCAUCAAGUGAUGCCUUUUCACUUGAUGAUAAUGAUAUUCAUUUUUCUUCACCUCUAUUGAAGUCAAAUGAAUAUACGUUCCCACCAACGAAAGACAAUAAUUAUGAAAACAAUGAUAACAAUGAACAACAGCAACAAUAUGAUUUAUUUUCAACAUUUGAAUUUCCUGUUUUAAGCGAACUUGAUAAAACAGAUUUACAAAUGGAAUUUUCAGAAUUUGAGAAAUAUCUAACUCAAUCGUCAAUUCCGUGUUCUGAAACGGAUGUUCAUGAUUCGUCAAUAUCAAAUGAUCCAACAUUAUGGGUUGGUGAAGAAUGUACAAUCGAUUCUGAAAGUCGAAGCGAUAUGAUGGUACCACCAUCACCAUCGAUAUCAUUAUCAUCAGAAAGUUCAUCAACACAUAAAUCAACAAAGAAAACAAGCUUAACAAUAAUUGAACGUAAAUUAAGAAAGAAAGAUCAAAAUAAAUCAGCAGCGGAAAAAUAUCGUAAGAAAAAACAAGUAGAACGGUCGGAAUUGUUAGCUCGGCAUGCUGCAUUAAAAAGUCAAAAUCAAGAAUUGAAAUUCGAAUUGGAUAAUCUAACAUAUCGCUUGGAAAGUUUUAAGCAAUUAUUUUUUGAUGUUCUUCAAGUAAAAGUUCCAUUGAAUGAAUCAAAAUAA